GAAUCGUGUCGUACCGGCUUCUUAAUCCGCGCCUCACUGAUCACAUCCUGUAGAGUCCUGAACGCUUCAGUAGUACAAACAGUCAGUCCUUUCAUCCAUCAAUUCAGCAGUGUACAGUGUGCAACUUUACUUCUUUCUUUUGUCUUUUAUUUCCAUGUCGCAAGAGCGAAUAAUAUCAGACAUUUCGGUCUCAGAACGGAAAAUAAAUCAUAUUAUAAUGGAAACUGAAAUACACGUGCCUGUGGGCUCGCCGACAAUCAGAAAAUUCCCCAUACACGUCGAUGAGCAUAACGUUAAAGAUGGGGCGAUGAAAUUAAUAAAAGAACUGCGGCCAACAUGGGACAUUAACCGGGUCAAGACCAAGCUUUUCACAGAUGGAACGACCAACAAGCUGGUGGGCUGCUACACGGACGAGAGCCCAGAGGACGUGGUGCUGGUGAGAGUGUACGGCAACAAGACGGAGCUGAUCGUGGACCGUGACAACGAGCUGAAGAGCUUCCAGGUUCUCCAUGCCAACGGCUGUGCUCCUCACCUCUACUGCACCUUCAACAACGGCAUCUGCUACGAGUUCAUGCAGGGAGACGCUCUCGGCACACAGGACGUCAGAGACCCCGUGCUGCUCAAACUCAUCGCUACAGAAAUGGCCCGCAUCCAUGCCAUCCACGCCCACAACGGCUGCAUCCCCAAACCCAAUCUGUGGAUCAAGAUGCGCAAGUACUUCUCUCUAGUGGCCACCGAGUUUACUGACCAAGCCUCCAACAGCAGAAUCCGAGAGGAAGUUCCCAGUAAGGAAGUGCUGGAAGAGGAGAUGACGUGGAUGAAGGAGCACCUGUCUCAGCUCGGCUCGCCUGUGGUGCUGUGCCACAACGACCUGCUCUGCAAGAACAUCAUACACAACAUAAAGGAAGGUUAUGUUCGCUUCAUAGACUACGAGUACUCGAGCUACAACUACCAGGCGUUUGACAUUGGGAACCAUUUCAAUGAAUUUGCCGGCAUGAGUGAACUGGACUACGCUCUGUACCCGAGUCGGGAGCUGCAGCUGGAUUGGCUGCACACCUACCUGAAGGCCUACAAGCUCUUCACCAAGAAGGGAGAGGACGUGAGCCAGCGUGAGCUGGAGACCCUGUAUGUGCAGGUCAACAAGUUCUCACUGGCGUCACAUUUCUUCUGGGGCUUCUGGGCCCUCAUCCAGGCCAAGUACUCCACCAUCGACUUCGACUUUCUCGGAUAUGCCGUCCUGCGCUUCAAUCAGUACUUCAAGACCAAGCCGGACGUCAUGGCCCUGAAGAUCCCGGAGUGAGAGACCAGACGCAAGAAGCUGAGCUGACGCUUUGACCUUGGGAGCAGAGGAACUUUUUUUCUGGAUGGGGAGGGUUCAGGGUUACAGCAAGGGUUCCCGGGUCCCUCCACUCAAUCACAACUCGGUCCACCUGUGUGUCUUUACUUCCGCAUUACAUCACAUCAUAAAGCACUUGGUUAUUUUAUUUUUUCCUCCUUUUUUUUUAUUUUUUAUUUUUUGCACUUUAUUUAUUCUUUUCUAUUUAUCAUCACAUGCAUCAUUCACCCAAACUUCUUUUGCUGUGGGCUUUAACAGUGUGUCUCUGCAACUAUGUAAAUUGCCUUUGCUUGCCUGCUUUCCUUCUUUCUUUUUUUCUUUCUUUUUUAGAGAGAGAAAGAUGACGUCUCAGCUGCACCCCCCAACCAAAAAAAAUGAGAGAGAGAGAGAGAGAGAGAGAAAUGAGGUUUCAGACCUGUAGCAGCACACAUCGUGGUCUGGAAGCGUAUGCUUGGUUAAGCAUGACUUUUUUAACUUUUUUUUCCGUGCCCCAGAAAUUCCUGAGAUGUUAAGGCCAUCACCCUGCUCUUUCUGGGGCCAGUUUUUUCUGCCUUUUAAGCUUUUAUGGUAACGAGUAACUCUGUUGAAUUAUCCAUUCAGCGCAGGUGAUGGAAAAAUCUCAGCCCUGGCCUCCUCCUCCUCCCUCAUUUGCCCUCGUGUUACCUGCAGGCGGACGUACCGGGUAACCAAAGUUCCAGACACUAGUCUGGAAAUUUCUUUCUAAUGACUAAAAAAAAAAAAAAAGGUCAAUCUGUUCAACCAGUUCCUGAAAUUAAAGAGGUGCUGAAGGUUAUAUAAGCACGCUGCAUAAUUUGAUCCGGCAGAUGUUAAGGCUUUGUGUGGCCUUCGAGCUCUUCAAGCAUUAAAUCCAGAGGCAGUAGAAAAGGGUUUAGCCUUUACACUAAUGAUGUGCAUGUUAUUAAUGAUCACAGCAGAUGGGUGACAAAUUAAAGGGGAGAAGGAAAAAAAAACGUUUAGGGUUAUUCAUUUUCCUGGCAUCUUUCCACUCGAGUCAGAGAUCGAUCGAUCGUGUCUUUUAUUUUAGCACGAAACAUUUGAUCCCGAAUGGAGGCGUGGUGUCUUGUCUCUGUCUUUCAGCUAGACUCCGCCCCCAUUCACAGGGUAGGAAAGCUUGAAUGGUUUGAGGAUGAUAAAGUGAGACGUUAGACAGCGCUCUAUAUCAUCCUCCUCCUCCUCCUCCUCCUCAAUAAACCGAAUGAAUUUAUACCUUAUAUAAACAGAUAAUUAAAUCAAAAACAGCUGAGAACUUCAGUUAAAAUAACGGCAUAUAGAAUACGAUCGACAUAUCGUAAAAAAUAUUACAUUAUUAUAUUGAAAAAUCAACAUAUCUUGAAGUAAUGAGUUGUUAAGUCAGAAUAAUGAGAGAUCGCAUCACGUGGUGAAAUAACCAGCUGUUAAGUCAAAACAACUUCAACAACAUCUGUUAUCAAAAUAAGAUCUUCAGCUGAAAUAACGAAAUAUUAUGUAGAAAUAUCUUGAAAGUCGAAAAAGGAUUUCGACUUGAGACCUCUUUAUUCAAUAUUAAAUUUUAAACACAGGUAUUAUAUCAAAAUCAGGACAUAUCGUGAUCUGUAUUAAGUUGAAAUUAAGUAAAAUAAGUCAGAAUAACAAGAUGUUACCUCGAAUGAGUUAUAAUUUCGAGGUACUGUACCAUCUAAUUAUUGCAGUUUAAUAGCUAAUUUCGGGAGAUGUCUUCAGAAUUACAUGAUGUCAUUAUCUAUUAUUUAAGAUUUUCCUAUUUCCGCUUCUUUCAAGACAUUUUUAAGAUAUUAUUCGGAUGUAGUAAUCUGUAAUUUAUUAUCAUAUCAACGCAUUAGGUUACAGUGAUGAUAUGGAAACAGCUUGUGCUUUAGUGCUUGUGCAAAAAUGCAUCAUUUGAGCCAUAACCUUCAGCAUCUCAUUCUAUCCAUCCAUCUCGAGUCUAGCCCCAAAUCCUUAUGUUUUCACCUGAGUGGCGUUUUCACUGCAACGUAAAAGCAGAUCGAUUCCACGAUUCUCCGUGGAUGAGCUCGAGCUGUCCGUGUCCUCCGUGUGUUCUCGUGCGUCCCCGCCGCUCAGCUGCGUUAAUGGUUGAUGACGCUGGUUAAUAAUGAAACGGCCGAACCUGCGGGCAAUAACUGGAGCCGAGAGGCACUUCAACAACACCAUGAAUAAUUUUGUAGCCAACCCGAGUCACUAAUGAUCCCGAACGAUCUGAGUUUCUCCCGACUUUGACUUCUUUUUUUUUUUUUCUUUCCUCUCUCUUCUUUUCUUCCAUAUUUUAUUUAUUCCACUUUUUAUUUGAAAGCUUUAUAGGAUUUCUUGGAGGGUUUUCUGAGACAUGGCUGAAUGCUGCUGCCACACUCAGAAAUAAAGGCACCAAACUCUCUGUCUUUGUAAACUAUCAUUUAGUGUCUUAUUCAAUACAAUAAAUCCGCUUUUAGAUUAAAAAUACAGCGUUCAUUGGGCCUAAUGGUCCGAAUUUAUCCUUUUUAGUUGUUGUUUUUUUUUCUUUUUAAGGUGAAAAAUGAUGUAGAUAUAAUAGUACAGAGUCAAAGUACCCUCGGUGCCUUUAUUAUUUCUGAGUGUGUUUCAGUAGUGUAAUGAAAUGCACUAAUGUUCACUGUAUGUGUGUGUGUGUAUAUAUAUAUAUAAUAAUAAUGUUCAUCGUUAAGAUUGUCCCAGAAAGAAAAUAUCACAAAAACAAAGCUAUACCCGGAUGAUUACAGUCCAGAAGAACGGUACCAAACUACUUGACCUUGGCCCAGGCACUGUACUUUCGGGAUCUUUUGUACCUUUAGUGUGUAUUUUUGUACAUGUUAAGGUAUUCAACUGGACCUUAUGUUCCUUUUAAAGCUUUAAAAGGCAGUCAAAGGUCCACACAUAUACACACACACACACACCACUGUGGUAGUAGCCUAGCGACAAGGAGAAGUACAGCUUGGUCCAGAGAUUUCUGAGAGCGAUGAAGGAAAACCUGUGCUUUGUAUCAGUGACGCAGCUUUUGUGGCAUUUUUAUAACACACACACACAGUAAUGUACAAAAGAACUUGAAAGUGAAGACCCAUGUUUAUAAAAUAUGCACAAGUUCUCAUUGCGUCUAUUUUAAAACCACCUUCUAGACCUUUCUUUCUCAUUUCUGUGAUGGAUGAAUGGCGUGUGUCUACUGAGGUUGUUGAUUUCUUCAUUUUUCCAUUACAGUUCUUUUGUUUUUCCAGCUUGCAGUUAUUUUGCAAAAUGUGUCGUCGUUGUUCUGUGAAUGUAUUGAACUGACUUGAAGCAGUGUACAGAUAACAGUGUGUUUCUCGUAAAUCUUGACAUUACCAUUUUAUACCUGGAAUUGGACUGGACUGGACUGGACCGGACUGGUUCCUGGUGUUUUUUCUCUCUGACAUGGUCACUACUAAACAGGAGGUGCGGUGUGUACAGACGCAUCGCCACCACCAGAGAGCGCUGUAGGUUUGGGGUGAAACCCAGGUGACGUGGAAGGGGAUGUAUAUACUGUGAAAUAUUGUGAAAAAGACGAUACUGUACUGUAAAAUGACCCUUUCGAUUUGAAAAAGAGUAAUUUAACAUUUUUGUUCUUAAAGAUUUCCAUUAAAAAUAUGCUGUCUGAA